UACUGCAUGUUGGUUCGUAUAAUUGGACAGAUGAUCGUUCUGUAACUUGUUCUUCUGAAGCUGAUAUUUGUUAUAUGAUAUCUCAAGAAAACACGAACUUCUAUCUACACACCAGAGUAUCCACCCAUGGUAGCUGAUGAUUUGCCAGACUCGAGUUUGUCGUCUGCAUUGGAUGGUGCGACGUUGUCUAUACUGAUGGAGUACUUCAUGAAGCUGCUUUAGUUGUGGCCCAAGAGCGCAGGCACGUCAAAGGAGUAUACCAAUUAUGAUUGAUGCAGAAAGAAAAAUAGAAGGGUUGGAUGAGCUUCUGCACUUGGCAACACAUUGUUUUCUCAACAAGAUUUCCAAAGAUAUGGAACGAGGCUCCUCUAUAGCAGGCGGACUAAUUUCCAUGCUUUUAAAGUUGCCAAGUACCAAAUUUGUAAUUGCUACAUUGGGAGAAGAUGGCUGCGUAAUGAUAGAAAGAGCAGAAACUGGGGAUAUCCAGCCUGAAGAAGUUGAUAUUGAUGACUUGUUUGAAAAAAAGCAGAGUAUUGAUACUACCUCAACCCUGCCAACAUGCAAAACCUCGGUAUGUAGUUUGCCCUUCAGUUGUGAGAUUUUCUUGCUCAAUGCAGAUAGAAAGUUUGAUGGUAAUGCG